UCAGUUAGGCUGCUACCAUGACGACAGCAACCACCCCAAGGCUAACACCUCACUUCCGAUGUUGAGCUCUCUGUAAUUUAAGUACAUUCUAGUUCAGAGGCGAUUUGGUAGUGGGUUAUUAAGAAAAUAAUACAAUACUGAUACUGUACUUGUACAUACGGUGAAUUUGUUACAAUUCUAUACUACUAAACGCUGCCAUGGAGACUUCUAGAGGUAUUCACAAGAAGGCUAAACUGAACAACACUGUACAGAACUGGGAGUCCAGGUUCCUGUGGACAGACAACACCUGCAACACCAUUAUAAGAAGUUGUCCGAGUUUACAUUGUUCUGUAUUUGUUAUUAUUUGGAAUGGAUUUUUCUUUUUUUUACAAAAAUUUGGAAUGCAAAGAGCUACCAACGUGACCUAUCAGGCGCAUCAUGUCAGCAGAAAUAAACGUGGCCAAGUGGUUGGAACAAGAGGCGGAUUUCGUGGUUGUACAGUGUGGCUAACAGGUCUGUCUGGAGCUGGCAAGACCACGGUGAGCAUGGCUAUAGAGGAGCAUCUGGUUUGCCAUGGCAUUCCCUGCUACACUCUGGAUGGUGACAAUAUCCGCCAAGGUCUGAACAAAAAUCUUGGUUUCUCUCCAGAAGACAGAGAAGAAAAUAUCCGCCGGAUUGCUGAAGUGGCCAGACUUUUUGCAGAUGCAGGUCUUGUUUGCAUUGCCAGUUUUAUUUCUCCAUACAACAGGGACCGUGUGAAUGCCAGGAAGAUCCAUGAAGCCACAGGCCUGCCAUUCUUCGAGGUGUUUGUUGAUGCUCCAUUGGAUGUUUGUGAACAGAGGGAUGUCAAAGGAUUGUAUAAAAGGGCCAGGGCAGGAGAAAUAAGAGGUUUUACUGGCAUUGACUCUGAAUAUGAAAAGCCAGAAUCCCCUGAACUGGUGUUAAAGACUGAUUCCUGUGGUGUAAAUGAAUGUAUCCAGCAGGUUAUUGACCUUUUGCAAGAAAAGGACAUUGUCCCAGUGGAUGCCUCGUAUGAAGUUAAAGAGCUGUAUGUGCCUGAGAACAAGCUGGACCUGGCCAAGACUGAUGCACAAACUUUACCAGCACUGGAGAUUAACAAGGUUGACAUGCAGUGGGUUCAGGUUCUGGCAGAAGGUUGGGCCACUCCCCUGAAUGGCUUCAUGAGAGAGAGGGAAUACCUUCAGUGUCUUCAUUUCGACUGCCUCUUAGACGGAGGAGUCAUUAACUUGUCUGUGCCGGUCGUACUACCUGUGACAAGCGAGGACAAAGAGAAGCUAGACGGCUGCACUGCCUUUGCGCUGGCCUACGGGGGCCACCGGGUGGCCAUUCUCCGCAACCCUGAGUUCUACGAGCACAGGAAAGAGGAACGUUGUGCGAGGCAGUGGGGGACGACGUGCAAAGAACACCCGUACAUCAAGAUGGUAAUGGAGAGUGGAGACUGGCUUGUUGGUGGUGACCUUGAAGUUCUAGAUCGAAUCUAUUGGCAUGAUGGGCUCGACCAGUAUCGUCUCACUCCUGCUGAGCUGAAGCACAAAUUCAAGGAGAUGAAUGCUGAUGCUGUGUUUGCAUUCCAGCUUCGUAACCCUGUUCACAAUGGACAUGCCUUGUUGAUGCAGGACACCCACAAACGGCUAAUUAACCGCGGCUACAGACGCCCAGUCCUUCUGCUCCAUCCUCUUGGCGGCUGGACCAAGGAUGAUGAUGUUCCACUUUCAUGGCGCAUGAAGCAACAUGCAGCAGUGCUGGAGGAAGGCAUUCUUAACCCAGAGAACACUGUAGUGGCUAUUUUCCCAUCUCCUAUGAUGUACGGUGGGCCAACUGAGGUGCAGUGGCACUGUAGAGCUCGCAUGGUUACUGGAGCAAACUUCUAUAUUGUUGGCCGUGACCCGGCUGGAAUGCCUCACCCUGAAACUGGGAAGGACCUGUACGAGCCAACACAUGGUGCUAAAGUGCUGACAAUGGCCCCCGGCCUGAUUACUUUGGAAAUCAUUCCUUUCAAGGUUGCAGCUUAUAACAAGAAAAAACAGUGCAUGGAUUUCUAUGACCCUAAAAACCAUGAAGAUUUUGACUUCAUCUCUGGAACACGUAUGCGUAAAAUGGCACGCGAGGGUCAGAAUCCACCAGCAGGUUUCAUGGCUCCCAAAGCCUGGGCUGUGCUGGCUGAAUACUAUAAAACUUUGCAGAAUGCUUAAGUUUUAUUAAGUGCAGAACAAUCUUUUAACAUGUAAUGUAUUUCACUGGGACCACACAAUUACUAUUCCCACUACUUUGUUGUGGUGUGUGUCAGGAAGUUAUUUCCCAAAUGCAGACCUAUGCUUCUAAAUCUAUCGAUGUCUUAUGGGUUCUAUUAUAUGUUGGCACCUAACAAAGUAGUGUUUUUAUGGGUGUGUUUUAAUAUGGCUGCAAAAUGGCCUACCUUUCUGUUACAGUACUGUAUAAAAAUGAAAAACCGAUGCAAUUGUUAACUUUUUUAAAUGGGAUAUGCUACAGUAAUAUCGCCCUACUAAAAUAGCUUUACUAUUUGGGAGAAAUAUGGAUUGACAUUUCACCCAUCAAAUUUCCUGUCAAUUGCCUUUCCUUGUCAAGGAAAUUUAAAAAUAAAGUGUAAAGUUUAAAAAAAAAUCUUAAUCAUGUUAAAAUUACAUAACUAAAUACAUCACAUAUCUAAUUAAGGCCCUUUUAAGCUUUGAAACCUACUCCUAAUGUAACCAGGGAAACAUGAUCAUUUUUUUUUUUUUUUUAAUUUUUCAAAUUGGCUAUUUUACUUUCUAUUCCUUUUAUUUUCUUUCUUUAAGCCCAAGUUACAUGGCUGAUUUUUUUUUUUAUUUAUUUAUUUAUUUAUUUAUUUUUAAUAUAAAUUAAACACUUUAACUUCAGAAAAUUAAACACUUUUAUAGAGUCCAGGAAAAAUAAACAAGUUCCUCUUCAUACAAGAUGCCGGUAUUACAGCAGGUCAAUAAUAAAUAACCGGAGUGACUAAGGGACAGACCUGUCUUAUUUUGUAACCUUAUUGUAUGUCUAACAGUGUGACAAUAAAUAUCUAUAUUGACA